CACAUCUAUCCUUUUUCUCUGAGCUACUGUGAACUCGAUGUUUUGACAUGCGCUGAAUCACUUCAGAGAGAGUUUGUGCAUUUCUGUGAAAGGACAGAUUCAGCUUCUUUCUUAAAGGAAUCUGAAGACGAGCUGCUUGAUACUUGAACUUGGAUACUAAUGGCUUGGGUUUAACUAUUUUGUUGCUGUUUGUAUUUGUUGUUCUUCAUUCCUUCCUACCUCCUGCCUACCUCUUUAACCGAACUGACAAUGCGGGUGCUUCUGUUGGCUGCAGUCAUUUUACUAAAUAUCAGGUGCUCCAUGUGCGCCGAACCGAGAUCCAAAUGCCCAGAGCGCUGUGACGUGAGCGCGUGCCCGAGUCCGAGCUGCCCGAGCGGGUACGUGCCUGACCGCUGCGGCUGCUGCCUUGUGUGCGCGCGUGUUGAGGGGGAAUCGUGCGGACGCGCUCAUGACCUGGCCUGUGGAGAUGGACUGGAGUGUAAGCACCCCGCCGGGAAGCGCCUCUCCAAAGGCGUGUGCCAGUGCCGCUACAAUACCAAGGUGUGUGCCAGCGACGGUAAUACGUACGCCAACGUGUGCCAGCUGAAAGCCGCCAGCCGUAAAGCAUUGCAGCAAGGCCUGCCGGGACUGAGCACCGUUCACAAGGGGCCGUGUGAGACCAGCAAAGGUCCCACACACCCCAACAGCCCGAGGUACAAAUUCAACUUUAUUGCUGAUGUGGUGGAGAAGAUUGCCCCAGCUGUGGUACAUGUGGAGCUCUUUCUCAGCCACCCACUGUUUGGACGGACAGUGCCACUGUCGAGUGGCUCAGGGUUUGUGAUGUCAGAGACCGGGCUGAUAGUAACAAACGCACAUGUUGUUUCCACCAACACACCUGUGUCGGGUCGCCAGCAACUUAAAGUGCAGAUGCAUAAUGGAGAAAUAUACGACGCCACCAUUAAAGACAUCGAUAAGAAGUCUGAUAUCGCUACCAUCAAAAUCAACCCACAGAAAAAAUUGCAGGUCUUGUUGCUGGGUCAUUCGGCAGACUUGCGGCCUGGUGAAUUUGUAGUUGCCAUCGGAAGUCCGUUUGCUCUACAGAACACAGUGACCACGGGCAUCGUCAGUACCGCUCAGAGAGACGGCAAAGAGAUUGGCAUCCGGGACUCAGAUAUGGACUACAUACAGACUGAUGCCAUCAUUAAUUAUGGAAACUCAGGUGGCCCACUUGUCAACCUGGAUGGAGAAGUGAUUGGGAUUAACACACUGAAAGUGGCAGCAGGAAUCUCCUUUGCCAUUCCGUCAGACAGGAUAACUCAGUUUCUCAAUGACUCCAUGGGCAAGCAAAGCAAAGAAACAAGAUCAGUAAAAAAACGUUUCAUUGGAAUUCGAAUGCUUACUAUCACUGAAGCACUUGUGGAGGAGCUGAAGCAGCAGAACCCAGACUUCCCAGAUGUUACAAGUGGAAUCUAUGUUCAUGAGGUUGUUCCUCACUCUCCUGCUGAAAAAGGGGGCAUAAAGGACGGAGACAUCAUCGUUAAGCUGAACGGCCAUUCUCUGACCAGCACCGGCGAGCUGAAGGAUGCAUUAAUGGAGGACACAGCUUUGCUGCUGGAGGUCCGCAGGGGCAACGAUGACCUGCUCUUUAAUAUCGAACCUGAUGUCAUCAUGCAGUGAUUGAUUCAUGUCGCUCACAAAUCUCCUUUUAUUUAAUAAUGCAGGGACAAACGGGAAAAUGCAAUUAAACCAGGCAGUUUAAGCCUUAAAGGGUUAGGGUUUGUUACAACUUACUAUGGAGCACUAUAAACCAGAACUAAGUAGGAUUUUUCCUGCUGUUACAGUACUCGUUUUACAAUACUUGUCUUACAUGGCAGCCAUCAGGAUAAGGCUAAAUACUGUACAUAUAUGAAUAAAAUUGUAAGAACGUGUAUUAUAUAAUUUGUGUUAUAAAGGAACAAUGACAAUUUCAGUACUGUACUGCUUUAAUGACAAUGCUGAGAAUGUUGAAAAGCAGCUAGAUUUGUUCCAGGCACCAUUCCACAGACAGUGCAAAGCAGAGUGAGCAGAUGUAGAGCAUAUGUGGUGAUAUGAUCAAAAAAUGGGAUUGAAAGUACUCUGCCCUAGCACAUUGUAAUAAAUGUGAUCAAUACAUCCUAUUGCUGUUCACUUUAUACCUGUUAAUGUUUUAUAUCUACUUUUGUAACUUUUGUACGCAGUUUUUUAAGUCAAAAUGUUUACAAUUGUGUCUUUUGGUUUGCUCCAAUAAAAACAGA